AUGAUUGUUAACAUCGACCGGUCGUGUCUGCAUGACUGUGGAAGUCACUACGACGUUGCAAACCAGGAUGCCGGGAAAGAGGUAACGGAUGUCGGCCGACCGGUUAAACCCGAGAUGGGUGUUAGGGAGCAAGAGAGACUCGUUACUCUUGAAGGCUCGCUGCUGCAGGUCGAAGGCUCGCUUCCGCCGUGGAAAGCUCACCGCCGUCGAAGACUCGCCGCGCCAGUGUGUAGGAAGAUGGAGAGAAUGGAUGAUCUUCGCAACGCUUUACUAGAAUUCCUCAUUCGGAGCCCAUUCCGGGACACUGAGGAAAAAGAGAGCAUGGUGAAACAUAUGCUCCAAGUCUACUCCAAGUCUGAUAAUGAUUCCGGUUUCAAGAAGACGUUUCUUCUGAAGAUCAUUCAAAAUGACCUCCUCUCUUCUCACUCCAUCAGCAUUUCCGACAAUCAUCUCAAAAUCCUCGACUAUCUUGAGGAACUCUUUCUCCGCGAUGCCGUUCCUGUCCCUGCCACCAUCAGUGCUGCCUACUGCGCCGUGGCGGUGGAAUGCACAGUCAAAUAUCUACGUCUGAAUCUUCCCCACAAUCUUUUCUACCUCCGCGCCGUAAAGAGGAUAUGGCGACUUAGUACUGCGCACAUGAGAGAAGGGAGCCUUCUCUUCUCGGUGGAAUUGGAGGAGUGGAGAAACUACAUUGAAACUUCACUUUUGGAUUCACAAGUGAAGGAGCUAUUGGCCUCCAUGGACACAAGAGGCAGUGCCAUUAUCAAACUCAGGGCGUUUUUCGACGAAGCCUGUAAGGGCUCUCCUUUUGCUCCGUUAACAGCUACCGAGCACACAGCUACCGAGCACACAGCUACACAGCACACAGCUACACAGCACACGAUUGAGGCUCAAGGAAGCGAAGAAGGAGUUGAAAAGAUUGGGGAAGCCUUGGAAGAUAGUGAGAAGACAUUUUUCUCUUGGUCAUCGGAUAUAAAUGAUGAUGAGGUGGAGCAAGUGGAAAAUGCAGCCGGUGUUGACGAGCGGGAUUUAGAAGAUAAUCUGGAGGUUGGCACAUCAAGAUUUAAUUUGGCGAGUCCUAAAAAGAAAAAACUUUCUCCGUUGAAAAUCUACAAACCAGUAACCAUUAGAAGGAGAAGAACAACGAAAAAAUGGAAUCGGUUAGAAGAAGAGACACUUAAAAAUGGCGUAGAGACGUUUGGCAGGGGAAAGUGGAAGUUAAUCCUAAAUGCACACAAGGAUAUAUUUGGGGAGAGAACCGAAGUUGAUCUGAAAGAUAAAUGGAGAAAUAUGAUGGUGUAUGGCUGCAAAUGA